GGGAUGCUGACUGGGUUUAGUUUCUUCUUUUCCCAGCACUGUUGGACCAGACCGGCAGAAUCCACCAAGGUCCUCUCUCUGACUACCUCUCCGGAAUGAGGUCUCAGCGCCCGUGCGACACAACCCCGUUUUCUGUGCCACAGAGCCCAAGGAGAGGCCGAAGCCGAGACGAUGCCUGGGAAGCUGAAGGUGAAAAUCGUAGCCGGGCGCCAUUUGCCAGUGAUGGACCGUGCUAGUGACCUGACUGAUGCCUUCGUGGAGGUAAAAUUUGGUAAUACCACCUUUAAAACAGAUGUAUACCUCAAGUCACUCAAUCCACAGUGGAACUCAGAAUGGUUUAAGUUUGAGGUGGAUGAUGAAGAUUUACAAGAUGAACCUUUACAGAUCACAGUUCUUGACCAUGAUACUUACAGUGCAAAUGAUGCCAUUGGUAAAGUGUACAUUGAUAUUGAUCCUUUACUGUACAGUGAGGCUGCAACAGUCAUCUCAGGAUGGUUUCCAAUUUAUGACACUAUACAUGGUAUCCGUGGAGAAAUCAAUGUAGUUGUCAAAGUAGACCUCUUCAAUGAUUUAAAUCGAUUUAGACAGUCAUCGUGUGGAGUCAAAUUCUUUUGCACAACGUCUAUUCCAAAGUGCUAUAGAGCUGUGAUAAUUCAUGGAUUUGUAGAAGAACUUGUAGUCAACGAAGACCCAGAAUAUCAAUGGAUCGAUCGAAUUCGUACACCAAGGGCAUCAAAUGAGGCCAGACAGAGACUCAUUUCUUUAAUGUCAGGUGAACUACAAAGGAAGAUUGGCUUAAAAGUACUCGAAAUGAGAGGAAAUGCAGUUGUUGGCUACUUACAGUGUUUUGAUCUGGAGGGCGAGUCUGGGUUAGUGGUACGAGCCAUAGGAACAGCAUGUACUCUGGAUAAAUUAAGUAGCCCAGCAGCAUUCCUUCCUGCAUGCAAUUCUCCAUCUAAAGAAAUGAAGGAGAUUCCCUUCAAUGAAGAUCCCAAUCCCAAUACUCACUCAUCAGGACCCUCAACCCCUCUGAAAAACCAAACUUAUUCCUUUUCACCUUCCAAGUCCUACAGUCGACAGUCCUCUUCUUCUGACACAGAUUUGAGUUUGACACCCAAAACUGGAAUGGGCAGUGGUAGUGCUGGAAAAGAAGGGGGGCCAUUUAAAGCUCUUUUAAGACAACAGACACAGUCAGCAUUGGAGCAGAGGGGAGGAUCGCCUCAUAGGUUCUGUAGAAGGCGGUUGGGAGAAAAAAAGGAAUUUCCAUUUUUUACCCUGACUACAUUUCCUCCUGGAUUCCUUGUGCACGUUGGAGGUGUUGUUAGUGCACGUUCUGUGAAGCUUUUGGAUCGUAUCCACAAUCCUGCCUUUGUCGGAAUUAUGGGUAACACAAGAUCUUACAAACUACUAGACUGGAAUAGUUUCAAUUCAGAUGAACCGGAAACUCGAGAUGCAUGGUGGGCAGAAAUCAGACAAGAAAUAAAAUCACAUGCUAAAGCCUUAGGCUGUCAUGCUGUAGUGGGCUACAGUGAGUCAACCAGCAUCUGUGAAGAGGUCUGUAUUUUAUCAGCAUCUGGCACAGCGGCUGUUCUGAACCCUCGAUUUCUGCAGGAUGGCACCGUGGAAGGCUGUUUGGAACAGAGGCUUGAAGAAAAUUUGCCUGCAGGCUGUGGAUUUUGCCAUAUACCAUAUGAUGAACUGAAUAUGCCAUUUCCAGCUCAUCUCACAUACUGCUAUAGUUGCAGGAAACAAAAAGUUCCUGAUGUUCUCUUUACAACUAUAGACCUCCCAAUAGAUGCAAUAGUUAUUGGAAAAGGUUGUCUUAUUCAAGCAAGGUUAUGUCGCUUAAAAAAGAAAGCACAGGCAGAAGCAAAUGCUACAGCUAUCAGUAAUCUCUUGCCAUUUAUGGAAUAUGAAGUACAUACUCAGCUAAUGAAUAAACUAAAACUCAAAGGAAUGAACGCUUUGUUUGGACUAAGAAUCCAGAUCACAGUGGGUGAAAAUAUGUUGAUGGGCUUAGCAUCUGCCACAGGUGUAUAUUUAGCGGCUUUACCAAUGCCUGGUGGUAUUCAGAUUGCUGGGAAGACUCCUAAUGAUGGUUCAUAUGAACAGCAUAUCUCUCAUAUGCAAAAGAAGAUAAAUGAUACAAUUGCUAAGAACAAGGAAUUAUAUGAAAUCAAUCCUCCAGAGAUAUCUGAAGAGAUUAUAGGAUCACCCAUCCCCGAACCUAGACAACGCUCAAGACUUUUAAGAUCUCAGUCAGAAAGUUCUGAUGAAGUUAUGGAAUUAGAUCUUUCACAUGGGAAAAAAGAUGCUUUUGUUUUGGAGAUUGAUGACACUGAUGCAAUGGAAGAUGUGCAUUCUCUCCUUACUGAUGUUCCUCCUCCUUCAGGCUUUUAUAGUUGCAAUACAGAAAUUAUGCCUGGUAUAAAUAAUUGGACAUCAGAAAUACAGAUGUUCACAUCAGUAAGAGUAAUCAGAUUAAGCAGUCUUAACCUGACUAAUCAAGCUCUCAAUAAGAACUUUAAUGAUCUCUGUGAAAAUUUACUCAAGAGCCUGUAUUUUAAGUUACGAUCCAUGAUCCCCUGCUGCCUUUGCCAUGUAAAUUUCACAGUAUCUCUGCCUGAAGAUGAAUUAAUUCAGGUCACAGUCACAGCAGUUGCAAUAACUUUUGAUAAAAAUCAGGCUUUACAGACCACAAAACCACAUGUUGAAAAGUCACUACAAAGAGCUUCUACAGAUAAUGAAGAACUUCUGCAGUUUCCACUGGAACUCUGUUCAGAUUCACUUCCUUCACAUCCUUUCCCACCAGCUAAAGAACACCUGGAGAGUGCAAGUUCUAACUCAGGUAUACCAGCUGCACAGAGAGCAACGUCAGUUGAUUACAGUUCCUUUGCAGACAGAUGCAGCAGCUGGAUAGAGCUCAUUAAACUGAAAGCUCAGACCAUAAGGCGCGGAUCAAUUAAGACAACUGUGACACUUGAAAAAGCAAGUCCAAUGGGUGAAGGAAAUUUCCGGAACCGUUCUGCUCCACCUUGUACAAAUUCCACAGUUGGGGUUGUUAAGAUGACACCUCUUUCUUUCAUUCCUGGAGCAAAAAUAACUAAAUAUCUUGGGAUAAUUAACAUGUUUUUUAUUCGGGAAACUACUUCUCUUCGUGAGGAAGGAGGAGUCAGUGGUUUCCUCCAUGCCUUUAUUGCUGAAGUGUUUGCAAUGGUGAGGGCUCACGUUGCUGCAUUAGGAGGAAAUGCUGUCGUCUCCUAUAUAAUGAAGCAGUGUGUCUUCAUGGAGAAUCCAAAUAAAAACCAGGCACAGUGUCUUAUAAACGUAAGUGGUGAUGCAGUGAUUUUUGUUCGUGAAUCAGACUUAGAAGUGGUAUCAGCCCAGCAACCUACUGCCACCUGCCAGCCAUUAUGUACUGGAGGAGAUGUUACAACCUGAAGAAAAUAGGAAAGAAAGAGCUCACCUCAUUGAGAUUUAUCUGUCUCCAUUGUUUUGUCAUUAUUGUCUUAGACAAAAAGAAAUGAAAUUAAUUUGAAAUAGUUGAGAAAGAAUUGAUACAUUAUGCGUAGAUUUUUGUCUGGAAUCUGUUGAAGGCAUGAGAAUUUCUAAUCUUGAUGUUUUGUUUGCCUAGUCUAGAUAGACAGGCCCCAUGAAAUCUUCUGCCUUCAAUAAGUUAAAAUAAAUUUCUAAGUGAACUGUAGCAAAAAUGAAAGUUACUCUAAUUUAUGUUGAUUUUAAUAAAAUCAUAAUUUAAAAAUGAAAUGGGAGGAUUAUCAGGAAACUAGAAUAGCUACUUUAUAUAAUUUAGAAAAACAAAGCAAGAAAGUCACAUAUUGUUAAUGAAUAAAUAAUAGAUUUGAGAAAUGUGGGAGAAAAGGAGAAGAGUUUUCAGAAAACUACUGUGUGGAUUUCUUAAUGUGUCUUAUUUUGAUGAGGAAUUUGGUAAUAACUCUCAGUGGGUAAGUGCUUUCAGCCGUCUUUUAGAAAGUUGAAAUUCUGUAACUUGAUUCUGAAAUACCUCUAACUACUGUAAAAGAAAAAGUAAUUUAUUAAAACUGAUAUCUUUUCAUUGAAAAGUUUUAAUAUCUCCAACGAGGGAGGAAAAUUUAUAAUAUAAUUUCAUAACUGGCCACAUUUGAGUUAGUAUUUAAUUUGUCUGAAGAGGCUUGGCUUCAAGUGGGAAGAAAACAUUGGUGAAUUUUAUUGAAGUAGUAAAAAUAUAAUUGAUCUAGUAGGAACAUAAAAAUUAUUUUCCAGUAAAAUAAUAUUGCACUCCUACCAAAUGUACAGAAUUUUAGUAGUAUCUUAGAAAUUUUUGGUAGUGAGUUGGAGUGUAUUUGGCAUAGAAUUUGGAAAUGUAAAUUGAAGUAAAUAUGCUGCAAAAUGUUGAAUGUAUACAUAGAAAUACUUUUUUUUGUCAAUGCCAAAUGCCCACUGUAAAUGAAUCUUAGAUAUUAUAUUUCUCCUUUGCACAAUAAAAUUUCUUUAUAAAAACUCA